CCGGAAGUGAGCUCCUGCUGGCCUGUUCCGCAGCCGGAGGGUUUGGGCAUAGAGGCGCGUUGCAGCCGCGCGCUCCAAGGACAAGGGAGCGCGCGCCUUGGAGCAGGGAUGAGACUCGGCGCUUGCUGCCCGGGGUAGUAGAGCCUGCUUGCACCGCCGCUCCCAUUUCUUUCUCUCGGCUUGUGUGGUGUGUUUGUUUGUGUGCAUGCGAUCCCUCGCCUCGCGCUCCGGAUCCUCUUGCGCGUGGAGAGACGGCGGUUAGUCUGCAGGCACCAUGUGGCUCCUUUCCCUGUUUCUAGUACUCGGGGGCUUUUACAGGUGCGAAGGUGCAGAGGACGCCGCGGCAGUGAUUGAAGGCCACCAGCCACCUCUCUUAUCCGCAGUGAAGGCAAAGCAAAUGGUGAUAAAGGGCUGGAAUAGGCACCUCACUAAAUGAAAAUAAAGCUCCGCUUUUGGAUUAGUAGAUCUUCAAGACAACACGUUUUCCAAACAUCCCAAACAACUAGCAUUACACAGUGAAAGGUGUCUCCCAAGACAGACAGAUGCCAACAGCAGAACCUCACAUGCUCAUUACAAGGAUUUUAGGCUCUCUCUUGGAGCUUUCUUUGGGAAAAUUUAAGAAUGUGUUGCUGAACGAAACCAUUCCAGCUGAAGCAGUGUUGAGGAAUAUUGACAGCAAUGUGACUGUCAUUAUCUUUCAGAUCCACACCCACCACAGGAAUGUGACUAUUUCCUUUGAUAAGAGACCUUCCAGCAACAACUCGGGAGCUGGGGCAGACAAAGGACUGGUUUCUAUCCUUCGGCCUCAGCAGACAGUGUGUACGUGGUACUUGCAAGCUUUGGGUGCUGACCAGGUGUUGAGCACUGCUGUUACUUUCUCUUAUGCUGAAAGAGAUCCAAUCCCUGGAGGCUGCAACAUGGAAUUUAACUUGGAAAUUGACCCCAAUAUUUAUUUAGACUAUAACUUGGCUGAGACACACAUUAAAUUUGCCCCAGCAAAUCUAGGACAUGUGAGAGGUACAAACCCGCCAUUGUGUGAUUUGGGCAGUAGCUCCAGGUGGCGACUAUCUUAUGAAGUCUAUCAGUAUUUCUUGCCAGAGAACGACUUGUCUGAAGCAUCGUUUGUGAGCCACAUGAGAAAGAUGUCUGAAGUGCAAAGCAUCAGAAUGCAUGGCACUAAAAUGAUGACCUUAGUGAACCAAGACAAAACUGACUUGUACUUCUCCUCGCUUCCUGGACAAGGAGUAAUCUAUAAUGUCAUAGUAAAGGAUCCACUGUGGAAUACCUCUGCUGCAUAUGUGCCUGCUCAUACAUACAUGUGUAGCCUUUCUGGCUCGGCGGAUAACUGUUCCUCUCUGAAAAGACUCGCCACCAAAAUAUUUUUCACUGUGCUUGCUGUCCUUGGCCUCUUCAUCUGUUUUCAUGGACACAGAUUCUGGAAAACAGAUUUAUUCUUCAUGGGCUUCAUCUUUACGGCAUUCUUUUUCUUCAUAACCGUUUCGAGAACAUCUGCUCUCAGUUAUGAUGUCAAUCUUGGUCUUACUGCAGUAGCUGGAGUUGUUGGAGGUCUCCUCUUGGUCGCUUACUGGUGGCGAUUUGGCUCUGUGAUCCUCUGUAUGUUGAUUGUGGGGCUAGUGCUAGGCUUCCUUGUCGCAUCUACAGUUUUCUUCACUCCAAUAGGAGACUAUAAAGUUUUCCAAGAUGAUGCAGUUUUCUGGGUGACCUUCUGUUGCAUUGCCUUGAUAGUCCCAAUAGUUUUUGUUGGCUCCCCCAGAGUUCUGAACAUCUUGACAUGUGGUAUAAUAGGAUCCUACACCAUAGUCUUGGCUACAGCAUGUUACUUGUACACAAGCCUCUCUUACAUUAGCAUAGACCUGCUCCGGAGGAUUCUAGAUGAAAACUUCAAAAGAGCUCUCACCAAUGUGCCCUUUCAGCGUAACGACAUCAUACUCUUGGCGGUAUGGGCAAUGCUGGCAAUUGGAGGGAUAACGAUACAGCUACGCCGAGAGAAACGCGAAGCCGCUUUCCCACCACAUCCCUACCUGAUAUGGAGGCGUGAAAGAGAGCGCAGGAUAACUAACAUCCUAGAUCCUAGUCAUCACGUCCCUCCCUUGAAAGAAAGAAUUCAUAGCAAGCUAUCUCAGAUCAAGGACUUUUUCCAAAAAGAGCAGCCAGCAGGGGAGAGAACACCACUGCUCUUGUAAACUGUCCUGCAGCUGGGAAGACUUGAGAAAUGCAGGCAUAGAUUUUUCUGGAGCCAGCAAGCACCCCAGUGGUGCUGAGAACUUCCUCUGUCACCUUGCCUUGCUAAACAGAGAUAAGAAUGAACUAGAAGAAGAUCAACACUAGUUUACUUAUAGAUGUCCUGCUUGAUUGUUUGCUGUGGCACACAGGCUCUUGCAUCUGUUUGUAGUUCGCCACAAGGAUGGAGUAUACAUAUGUGCAAUGUGUGAAAAUACAGGGAUGGGCGGGUAAGGUGGGGAGAGAAUGCAAUGGCCAGGUGUGCAACUUCAAAUUCCCGAGAGAUGGAAAAUGGACACUUCAAGCACAUGCAUGGUUCUCUUCAAGCACAGUACACCCUUUUAACAAGUGCUACCUUUUGAACAAUCAUUUCUGUUGUACAGACUAUGGCAGGAAGGGGGGGGGGAAUAUAUGGAAAAACAGCCUCUUGCUGACCAUGGCACUAUUAAUUCUAAACUUGCACAGUCGCUGCUAGCCAAUACCUUUAAGAUGCCAAGCUGUACUAAAAUAUUUUUUGACCAUUUAACAGGUUAGCUUGCUUUCACUUUCUGUGUGAGAGAAAAUCAAGUAAUUUUGAUUCCAACACCCAAGAGGAGAAAAAAAGCUUUCUGAAAGUUUAGGGCUCAAUUUUCUACUAGGCUGUUAAUCUGGUUGUAGUGAGUUGGCAGCUGCUAAGGCUGUAAAAAAGGAUAGUCUCUUGACGCACUUUGAAAUCGAAGGUUGUUUUUAAUAGGAUCAGUGGUGGAACACGCAAUGAGUAGCCUUUACAGUAUUUUCAGUUGCUUAAGUUCCUUUUCAUAUUGAAGUGUUUGCCACUACACUAAUUGUCACUUAAUUCCCCCCCUUCUCUCCUUUUUUAAUAUUUGAGAAGAAAAGAAACCCUAAACCCAUUUUGCAGGCAUUUGGGGGGCACUGCUGCUCAGAAAAAUGUAACAGAAAUCUAGGGCAGCCAACUUCCAGAGCCUUGAGGGUGGGGGAAAGAAGGACAGAUCUUGGGUAAUUUGCCUAGGAGUCCAGACCAGAUCACCCUCAGCCAUGAUGUCACUUCUAGGCUUAGAGGAGCGGGAGUGGAAUGAUCCCCAAGACUAUAUUUGGGACACCUAGUUCAGAGAAGAGGAUUCUGCAGGCAGAGGAGAAAACAGAAACAUUUAAACUCCUGCUUCUGGCCAUAUACCCAUUCACUCCUAGCUUUGCAGCUCACACACAGAGUUACCCCUCCCUCUGUGCCUCUUUAGCUUAUUAGUUGGCCCUCCCCAAUAAUGACCCUUUAGCUUGGAGUAAUGCAGUUAUACGUAAAGCAGUCAGUAGAACAUUAUACCAGAACCUUAUUUGACGAACACAUUCCCUGUAAUGAACAGCUCAAAGCACUUGUGUGGCUGCAGGGAACAUCCAGUUUAAACCUGAAGUGGUGUGUGAUUGCAUGAUUAGUCAAUGUGCACCCAGGCUUAAGUCUUAUUCUCAGGGCCUUUUUUUAUUGUGGGGGAGGGAAACUGGUGGAGGUGUCUUGGUUAGGGUUUUAAGAUGCUUCCAGAUGGAAAAGUCCAGUUCUUGACAACUAGACAGAGAAUAAUUUCAUUUUAAUGUUGAAAAGUAGAAGCUGUAGAUGAAAUAUACCGUGUCCCCUUCUGUCAAGGGCAGCUUCAUUUUGCUAGCUCUCUGAUCUUUUUUGUACUGAGAAUACUGCAUAUUGGCUGCUUGGGCCACACUUUGUUAUAAAGCAACUAGCUCCAA